CCAAUCAGAGCGCAAGGAAAGCCCCAACCCGCCGUGCAGUGUGGGGUCCGGCUUACAGAGGAUCCACGCAGGAGUCAGGGUGGUUGCUGACCUACCAUGCCGAACAAACCGAAGAAAGAUAAGGAGUCUUUUAAGUCUGGCAGAGGAGGAAAAGGGGGAGGACAGGAGAAUUCAGAUCAUGAGAGCUCAAACAGGAAGAGCGGCAACAGUGCUCCUCCAACCACUCAGCUGCUAAAAGGAAAGCAGCCAGGAUCGCAAACGUCUGCCAAGAAGGACAAGAGGCCAAACUCCACUCGUUUCAGCCUGAGCAACAACAGGGAGCUGCAGAAGCUGCCUGCAUUUGAAGAUGUCCCCCCCGAGGAAGAGGAGAAGCUCUUCAUCCAGAAGCUGCGUCAGUGCUGCGUCCUCUUCGACUUCAUCUCAGACCCUCUGAGCGACCUGAAAUGGAAGGAGGUGAAGCGGGCGGCGCUGAGCGAGAUGGUGGAGUACAUCACCCACAACAGGAACGUCAUCACCGAGCCCAUCUACCCGGAGGUGGUUCAUAUGUUUUCGGUGAACAUGUUUCGGACGCUGCCACCAUCAUCCAACCCCACCGGCGCAGAGUUCGACCCGGAGGAGGAUGAGCCCACGCUGGAGGCGGCGUGGCCUCACCUACAGCUGGUAUAUGAAUUCUUCCUGCGCUUUCUAGAGUCUCCAGACUUCCAACCAAACGUAGCCAAAAAGUACAUCGACCAGAAGUUUGUAAUGCAGCUCCUAGACUUGUUUGACAGUGAAGACCCCAGGGAAAGAGAUUUUUUGAAGACUACUCUUCAUCGCAUCUAUGGGAAGUUCCUGGGUCUGCGAGCGUACAUAAGGAAACAGAUAAACAACAUUUUUUAUACAUUCAUUUAUGAAACUGAACAUCAUAACGGAAUAGCAGAAUUAUUGGAAAUACUUGGCAGCAUUAUCAAUGGGUUUGCGUUACCAUUAAAAGAAGAGCACAAAAUCUUCCUCCUGAAGGUCCUGCUGCCUUUGCACAAAGUCAAGUCUCUGAGUGUGUAUCACCCCCAGUUGGCCUACUGUGUGGUGCAGUUUUUGGAGAAGGACAGCACACUCACAGAACCGACAGUCAUGGCUUUAUUAAAGUACUGGCCAAAGACUCACAGUCCAAAAGAGGUGAUGUUUCUCAACGAACUGGAGGAGAUACUGGACGUCAUCGAGCCUUCAGAGUUUGUGAAGGUCAUGGAGCCCCUCUUCCGUCAGCUCGCCAAGUGUGUGUCCAGCCCGCAUUUUCAGGUGGCUGAGCGAGCGCUCUACUACUGGAACAACGAAUACAUCAUGAGCUUAAUCAGCGACAAUGCCGCCAAGAUCCUGCCCAUCAUGUUCCCAGCACUUUAUCGCAACUCCAAGAGCCACUGGAACAAGACCAUCCACGGUUUGAUCUACAACGCUCUGAAGCUCUUCAUGGAGAUGAACCAGAAGCUGUUUGAUGAUUGUACGCAGCAGUUCAGGGCAGAGAAAAGCAAAGAAAAGGCCAAAUGGAAGGAGCGAGAAGAAGCCUGGAUCAAGAUUGAGAACCUCGCAAAGUCCAACCCACAGGUGAGAAUCACCUGCAAUGUGGAGGAGGCGGGGCCCCGUUCCACACAGCGCGUGGUGAUCUUUGCCUAUCUCCUUCCUGCACAGUUCCUGGUUUACGUCGAGCCGGUGGGUCCAGGCAGCCCCAUGGAGGUGGAGGCGGACGGGCUGGUGCUGGACGACGUGGGCCUGCUAAAGAAGACGGCGCAGGAGGAGGCCACACAGAUCCAAAGAGAUCAGCGGCGAGAGCGCCCACUGGUGAGGAAGAAGUCGGAGCUCCCCAAAGACAUCUCCACUGUCACGGCCUUGGAGAUGCACCGCAGAGCUGAGGAGAUGGUGACCCCGCACGACGGCCACUGAAGGAACGUCUCUGCUCCACCGCCAACUUCCCCAGAUGGGCCGCAGAGGGCCAGCACGGAGCUGUCCUGCCGCUCGCUGACAUCUGUCGCCCCCUGCUGGUCACAGAGACGUCUGCAGGGCUGGAAGCUCCUGGGCCUCUUCCUCAGCUAAGAUCUCAAUGUUCACUCUCCUGAAGGGGGGCUGUGCUGCUCCCUUCUGGUCAUUCUUCUCAGGUGCUCUGUUCUGAGUGAGCUGUCCAGUCUCCUGGCCCCUUCUUUUGCCUCGUCAGGUGCUUUUACAGUAGCAUCCCCUCCGAUCAAAGCACAUAUUAAGUUUUAUUUUACUUUGUAAAAAGCUUUUAUGAGUUUUUGGAUUUUCAAAACAAAAUCUUGAAAAAAAGAAGUCCUAAAAAUCAUCCCAUCCUUCAUGAAUCUGGAGGAGGUGCAGCAACCUACAAGGUGCCAACUGCUUCCAUUACUUGUAAAGGUUUGGUGCGGCUGCGCAGGCCAGGUCUCAAACUGACGGAUUUGUAUUCUUAGCCCCUUUAAGGACAGACGAGCUUGAUGGAAAAGGUUUUAACAUCAGCCUUUCCUUUCUCAGUGCCUUUGUCGUCAAAGAUGUCGCCUGGUGUGUGUUUUCAGACUUCCACCUUGUUUUUGGGUCUUUUUUUUUUUUUUUGUGUUUUCUGUCAGAGUCGGCAGCAGGACUCAGUUUGCCGCUCUGGAGUUUCACAGGCAGGGAUCCCGGAGGGCGACAUGGUGUUUUCCCCGAGCCGCUUCAAGCAAAAGAAGCACUUCCUGAUAAAACUUGAAUGAAGAGAAUAGUAAAAGCUGAGCAGUUUGCUCGUCUCACCCAGCCCCUCGCUCUGUCACUUCCUUCAGGUUUCCGUGGUAACCCCGCUCAGUCUGUCCGGAUGCUCGUCUAUUCCGUCGUCUUCUGUUUGUGGGCUGAACACGUGAACUUUGACCUCCAUGUUUUCAUGAUGAUCGACUAUCAAACCCCCUGCUUCGCAGAAGCUAACACUCCCUGGACUUUUUAUUUUUAUUUUUGAAGAGGUAAUAUUACAAGUGUCCUUUAGUGUCUGAUACUAAAAGGCGUCAUUUGUACAUAUGAUGUACUUUUCCGUUCUAGCUCUAAAUAAAUGGUAGAUUUCAUAUUUUGUACAGAAGUUUUGAGCAGACAGUUUGUUUGUGGCACAAAACAUUUAGAGAGGAAGUUAACCUGGAGGUUCCUUUAUUUCAUUGUAAUCUAUCCUCUUGUUUUCUUCAUCCUACUGCAUUCAUGAGCUUUUCAUGUGGGCUUUUAUCCAGACCUCCAGUGUUGUACAUCUACCUAUAAACAACAAAUAAAGAGUGUUUAUAUUUUCAUCCUAAAA